AUGGGCAAGAAAAGCAAAAAGAAAAAAAGCACCAACAAAGAGGCUCAUCAGGCUCGUAUGAGAGAAAGGGCCGAGCGUAGGGAAGAAGAAAGAAAAGCAGGCGAAGAAGAGGAAGAAUACCAGGAUGAUCCAUCUGCUAACGAGCACGAGCUUGCUUACGGCGGAAAGCCUCGGCCGUUUCUGGAUGGCGAUUUUGUUCGCUACUACGACCCUGCAAAUAGAAAUCGCAUGUUUCGGGGAGUCAUUCGUCGCAAAGCAGAUGGGAGCGACGAGGAACUUCCAGAAGGAAAGUUCCAAUUUACGGCCUACGGAGAGAACGCCACAGCGAUUAUCGUUGACGAAAAAGACAUCUACACGGACCUUCACUUCACCCAGCUAAGAUAUAAAGUAGGUGACAAUGUGCUAUGCUACGUGAAAGACACUCCAGAGGAUGAUGUUGGAGAGUGGAUCCAGCAUGAAGUCAUUGAAUUAUGGCCUCAUCCGGCUGCAACGGACAAUCGGAACGUCUUGUCGCGGGCCUAUCCGUUGUAUCUUUGCCAACCAGAAGUGGAAUUGGAGUAUGUCACGCCAGUCUAUGAUGACUUGUCAGAAGAAGAGAUUAAAGACAUCCCACUGUCUACACGCUUUGAUGUUGGGGACAAGGUUGUUUUCAAUGCAGCUUUAGCAGAAGGAAUCAAACUAGCAGGAAGGUAUCUUGGAGAUGGUUGGAGAGACGGCAAAAUCGUUGACACCAUUCCGAUGAAAAUCAAACAAGACGCUAGAAAGAGUCCAAAGUACGCAGUUUUCUUGGGAUUCUACGAAUGUUCAUUUCAGCACAAGGGGAAGGUACACCGAUGCUUAAUCCUCGAAGACUCGGAUGAAUACAUCGCUCGGGACGAUCCUCGGGCAAGGCUUAGAAAUGCAAUAGAGGAUGACUGUAGUUUGCAGCACAUAUCAUAUUUGGUCGAUGAGUUUGGAAUCGAUGUAUCUUCCUUCCAAGACUCUUUCAUUGCAGAGGCAUUGGACCUUGGUAGUUACAAUGCGCUUUUGUGGAUACAAGACAAUCUGGGACUAAAACUGACUACUUUGCUGAAAGCUGGCGGGGAUGCGAUGUUACAGCGUUUUGCAUCGUCUCCUCAUAUUCUGCGCUUCAUACACCAAGUGGUUGCACAAAAUCAGUCGCGGUCAAAAUCAGGCAUUGACAACAUCUACGGAUUGUUUCGAGGAUGCUUUCGAGGGAUCUAUCUCGACGCGAACAGAAAUUAUUUCCUCACAUUGGUAAUGAAGAACAACGUCAGAGCUUUAGACUAUGCGUUGUCUCCACUGGCCCUGGGGAGCCUGUUUGCGUAUGGCGAAUCGGAUGGUCUUUGUUUAGAAGACAUGAUCAAAGAUCUGGAAAAGACAUUGACGCCCUCGGUUAUUUGGCAAAUUCGUUAUAUUGCAGGUCGCUUCACUUCAUUCAAACGAGUGUCUAAUAUCUCGGAUUCGUUCGGUUUUGAAGAAGAAUUGGUCAGAGAGCAUUUUCAGGGAUCAAAAGCAAAAUCCAGAAUGCAGCAAUAUUUGCGACACUGUUGGGAUUAUCGCUUGAUUGAUGUAGGCCAUUGUAGUUUUUAUGGCAAUGAGCAUAUGAAGGAUGAAAAGUUCAAAGCGAAGUCAGACUUCCAAUCACUUGGUCGGCAUCGAGACUACAAUCUUCUUCAACUGAUGAUAGAAGAGGACCCCACGUUGCUCGAUCACCAGGAUUCAUUUGUUCUUCUGAAAACCCGUGCCGACCUGGAAGAAUUCGUGCAGCCAGAUCUGAAAAAAUGGGUUAAUAGGGAUGAAGAAAAAUAUACCUACGUUUCGUUGGUUGAUGCCGUUGCCAGUGGCGAAACCAAAAGCUUCUCUGAAUAUAGCUGGGACCAAGGGUUGAAUAUGUAUUUUUUAUGCUUACAAGAUUUCCUUGCGAAACAGGACUUCAAUCGCAAGGCAUGGAUCGACGAAAUGAUGACAAGAGUAUCUGACUUUCGACUAGAUAGCUUCAGUUAUACCGACUCGUAUAUCGCGACUUUUGAGCGCAAGAUAGCACUCAUGGCAGACGAUGAUAAUGUUGAAGACCAAUGGAAGCUGCUCGACUAUCUCGUGAAAGACAAAAAUUCCCCGCAACCAAGCCUGGCCUUAGCAAUCGCUUUUCGACAAUGCAGUGCUGUUCGAUGGCUUGUUGAAGGCGGUUACACAUCUCUCACUGGUGAUAUCGAACCGGAAGUUGAAUCCCAUCUUGAGAUGACAAUUGACUCUGCUUUUGGGCUAGGACACUCAGCACGUGCAUGGAGGAAAAACAAGCUUUUUCUUCUGUCUCUCCUAACAAUACAGUACGACGACAUUCAAACUUUGAAUUGGUUAUUUGAUCUGCACGGGGCUGGCGUUCUUUCGGACCCGACUGCGGAUUUCAACUUGGUUCACGCUGCAGCGCAUUUUGGGCGCAUUGAGAUAAUGCAUUACUUGAGCACUCUGUCAACAUUUGCAUCGUUUGUGAUGGAGUCUGUUGGAGACGGCAAGUACAAAGGCUUGUACGCAGCUCAUGUUGCGGCAUCGUGUGGGCACAUUACUAUUGCGGAUGUGCUACUGUCGCGUGGGUGUCCGGUAGUUGACAUGAACCAAGUUUCGAUUGUGGAGAUUGCAUCGAAAUCUAGUUAUGAGUUUGUUCGGAGUUGGGUUCCACCCUCACUUGCAUCUUCGCAAUUGGAGCAGGAUCUAAAUUUGCUUCUGAGUUUAGCCGGAACGGAGUCCCCGUCGUUGGAUGCAUUGAAGGAUCAUGUACUUCAAACGAAAUGCAUGGAUCUGAAAUCCUGGCAGGCUGUUGACUGCUGGACCAUGGACGAUACAGAAGAGCUAAGUUACUCGUACGCGUCGGUUAUCACGCGAUGCCUUGAAGUUGGAGCUGUCGAUUUUUGUCUUUGGAUGUGCACCAGGAUGAUUGCAGCAGAAGAAAUGGAUUCGAAUGGACACUAUACAUUCUUUGGGGAUAAAGGCUGGGAUAUUGUCUACAUCAAACUUGAUUGCUCUGUAUUUGUUGGUACCGAACUCCUUUCCGGCGCGACAGCCUCAAAAUUGCUACGAUCUGUCAAAGUUCGAGACUACAUAGCUGAUCCCCACCCUCUGAUGAAACUUUUCAUGGAUGUCAAGUUGAAGGAAAAGUUGGUAUCGAUGGUCACAAGAGUAGUUGUCAUCUUGCAAUUGCAUAAUCAAUGUUUGCUGGAAAGUCGAAGGCUACUUGUUUCGCAAUCCGGUGACAAUCAAUUGCGAAGCCUGAUCGAGCUCAUUCGGGCUUGUGCGAACAUAAUCAAACAGGAAGCCGAACCUGCUAGUGACACAUACAAUCCCAUCACAAACUCUGGAGAAAUUAAUUUCAAUGCGUACUAUCCUAGGCUUGAUAUGGCAAAGUUGAAAUCCCUGAGACAUUUUGUUUGGAAGCCACCCAAUCUGGAUAAACUCCACUUACUGCUUCCUGUUGAUGGGGAUAUCGAUGUGAUUAGGAUUUGCCUAACGAAAAGCCAAAGCUUGAAUGCGAGAAAAGAGGUCACUAUGACGUAUUUGGCAUCCUGUUUAGGCAGAAAUGACGUUGUGAAACUCCUACUCGCAGAGCCACCCGAAAUUGUUUUUUCCUCUUCGCUGCAUGACCGAAGCUGGUACGCAGCAUUAGGAGCUUUGGAAAGAGGAAGCUUUGAAGAGUUUCAUGCUUAUCUGCAAUACACCACCAGCGUAGUUGAUCCUGUAAAGGGAGAGUAUGCGACAUAUUUUGAAGGUGAUCUUCCACGCCAGAACUAUCACAAAGAGGAGGACGAUCCUGAGUAUGGGAUGCAUAUCCAGACUUUAUCGAUGGAUGACGUAUCAAAAUCUAUUUGCUAUUUCUACAUCCAUGGUUUCUUGGUUCGAUAUGGUGGAUCAUCAAACGAAAGCUCUGGUCAUUUGAAGCAAACAUCUCAAAACGAAGUCAAAAAAAUUAUUGCUUUCGGGGCGUACGGAAGGCGACACAUCUUGCUUGCAGCGGUAUGGGUAGUGGAUCGAUCUCGAUAUUCCGAUAUUAAAGUUGUUGAGAUAAUCCGAGGGAUGUUGUAUUUGGUCGACUGUCUUGGGGUAGGGCGCCAAUGUACAAGUGAAGAAAGAAAGCUUCUCCAGCGAUUGACAACUUCUAUUGUAUCAUACAUUGAGGCAAGCCUAUUAUUUGUGGAUCCAAGCCGAUCGCAAAACACCAUGGAUUGGAACCUUGUUCUUUCAUCAUGGGUUGGACAGAUGUCAAAUAUCGGCAUCGAUCUACUUGUUGACCCAAAAGAUUGGCGUUGGUUGCGUAAGGAGAAAGCAAGGGAAUUCCUCCAAAGUCUGCACAUGCAGCAAGAAUGCCGCUUUCGGCAAUUGGACGCACUGAAAAACGGAGGAUCUGUGAAAGAUCUCUGCGAUGCAAUUUCACGAGGCAGUCUUGAUGAGAGGGCAUGCGAUCGAAGUGGUCUUUAUCUUGUUCACGCUGCAGCUGCGUAUGAUAGAGUUGAUGCAUUGAAGUGGUUAAUUGAUGAAGGCGUCGCCAGUCUAAACCAACUGGAUGCCAAUGGUCGGACCGUGUUGCAGGUUGCAGAGUCGAGCAAGGCAAAGAAUGCUACAUUAUGGAUUCGACAGAGAAAGGCAACUCUGGCAAUCACCAAGUUUUUGAGGAAUGCAAUUUGCGAGAGAAACGCGAGACGAAGGAUGGCAUCAAUUCGUCGCGGAAUUUCCAAACUGCAAGCAGUAUGUCGUGCUUGGUCAGUGAGACAAGCUACAAGAACGCAGGUUCUUAUGCAUGUGGAGAGCUCUCGUUUGUUUCAGCAUGUUUGGUGCAAAUGUAUUGACCUCAUCGGAAAUACGAUGGUUGGCGCUUCUGAGUGGUCAUCAAUCCGUGACUCAACAGUUGAUUUUGUGAAAUCGUCCGAAGAACUACAAGCUGAUGAGGGUAUUAUUGUCAACGACAUCAGCACCACUCGUGAAAUUUCAGACGAUAUGAUUGAGACGUUGGAAGUGCUUGAUACUGCCAUGGAAAGUGUCCAAAAUACCAUCUUUGACAAUGCGUCAAACCAACCAAACGUUGAUGAUAAUGAAAUCAGAAAGAUGUCCCGACCGAUGCCAUCUCCAGAUAUGAGCAAAACAAUGGACGAAAUUGCAUACAAAACCAUCCAGUAUACUCCUCACGUUGUCAAGUGGCUGAAGCAGGGAGAUUCCAAAUACAGAGAUUUCUUCGUUCGUCGCAUCACCCAGCUUUCUCAAGGUGAGCGGAGCCGUAUCCUUGCCAAACGACUGAAAGGCAGCAAGACGGUCACCGUGUACGAGACCUAUUUGGAACAAAAGUCAGGCUUUCGAAUUUUGUGGACCGAAGAAGGUGCCAACAUGCUGAUCUGGUAUGUUGCAAAGCACGACAAUGUAUCUCGGAUGGUAAGGCUGAUUGAUGACUCUAAUGCUCGAAGCAACCGACAACUUGUGCCUGGUGAUAGCUUGUUUGUUGACGUGUCUGAAACGAUGGAUCACAAUACGAAUCCAAGUCGUAUCAUGUUAGAUCCGACUGGAAAUGUUCCUCUGAAAGUAUAUCAGUUUGGUGGCAUCGAUGAGGUCGGCCAAGUCGUGGAAGACUCUUGGACGCCCCGUUUGAAGUUGACCGAUGAAGAACGAGACAUCGUCGAGACGACGGGGACCGUGUUGCUUCUAGGUAGAUCGGGAACAGGAAAGACUGUUUGUAUUUUGAGUCGAAUGGACUACGAUCGUCAGGUCAAUGUGCACGACUUGACUUUCACACAGCUCUUUGUAGCUCGGUCUCGUCGGUUGUGCAAGUAUGUAUCAGAGACUGUGGGACAGACACAGAAUCCAAAUGGUAAUGCCAAUGGUGAUACAACCGUGGUCACGACAAGCAUGACCUUUACCACAUUUGAUGAGUUGUUGUCGAGGUUGGAGUACGCACUACCCAGAGUGGAUAAUAUUCGAGAUAUGUUUCGGCGCAGCGAACGGAUGACUUUUCAAAGAUUCAAGACGGAGGUGUACUCGGGCGACAAAGGCAUCGACCCGUUGCUGGUAUGGUCAUGUAUCCGAUCCUUCAUCAAGGGAUCCAUCGAGGCUACAACACAGCUGCAGGCAGACAAUCAUGUCGUGGAUCGACAGUCGUUCUUGAAUUUGGAGAUCUUUGGUAGCAGGCGUUGUCGCCUGGGUGUCGACGAGCAGCGACCCAUCGUGUACGAUAUCUUUGUGAAGUACCAGCGGUAUAUGGAAGAGUACAACCUGUGGGACGACUGCGAUCGCAUCAUGGCGCUGUUGCAACGGCUGGAGUCAUCCAAGACCACCGCUCCCGACAUUUACCACCAAAUCCGCAAGCGAAAGAUCUAUGUGGAUGAAAUCCAGGACUACACUCAAGCGGAGAUUUUGCUGUUUUUCUAUUUGAGCGGACCUGGCGAUCUGUUCUUGGCUGGCGAUCCAGCACAGAGUGUCGUAGAGGGAGUUGAGUUUCGAUUUGAAGACAUCCGUUCCGUCGAAUAUCAUAUCGCCAAGGACAAGAGUGGGCUGUUGCUGCAAAAGCCAAAGACGGUCAAUGUCAAUUACCGCAGUCACGCUGGUAUUCUGAACACGGCUGGAGCCAUCUUGUCGUGCAUGUUUGGUGCGUUUCCUCAUAGCGCCAAGCAGCUGAAGGAAGAUCGAGGUGUCUUUGUGGGUCCAAGACCUGGAGUGCUGUACAAGGUAUCGACCGCAAUGGUCGAGUCUGUCAUCAAGACCAAGCUAAACGGAACGAUGAUCUUGGUCCACGAUUCCAGUGUAUCUCGUUGGCGUCGUGCUUUGGGUGGAUACGCCUUGGUGUAUGGUAUUCGUGCGGCCAAGGGUUUGGAAUUCAAGAGUGUGAUGGUGUUGGGAUUCUUUGGUGAGCUUCCAGAUGGCAUUCAAAAGCCAUGGCGAGACUUAUUGCUGGGUAGAGCCAAUGAUGAAUAUCAGAAUUUGUAUCCAGAAGUGGAAGGUCACAUGAAGUUGUUGUAUACAGCUGUGACUCGUAGCAUUGAACGUUUGUUCUUUGUGGAAAUAGAAGGCAGCGUUGCGGGAGAUGCCUUUGUCCGUUGGAUCACGACGACGUCCAUGGCGCGAAACAAGACUCGUAAGGGAACCGAGUCGCAAUCUGCAUCAUCAUCUUCGACGCCAUUGGUUCCACUGGCGAGUCGCAACAAGGUGGACGAUGUGGAGAAUAUGACAAUGACGAGGGACGAAUGGCUAUCGUCAGGGAUGGACAAUGCGGAAGCCGCGGAAGUAGAGGAAGACUUGUCGGCAGCCGAAUCAUUGUGGGACAAGGCCAUCUAUUGCUUUCGAGAGGCCGGAGAUGAUGAUUUGGCCCGCAAGGCGCGAACGCAUCGAUCGAGCGUUCGGUUUCAAAUGAGACUCCCUGUCCUGACACCAGGGGGGCAUGGAAAAGAUAAGCCAACAUUGGAGGAUGAUGAUGGUGAAUUGUCAUCCGAGUAUCGUCUGUUGGAGAUGGAAGGCGCAAGCGUCGUGGAGUCGCUCUUGUGCGAGGGUCUGUUAGAGGAAGCGAAGAAUCUGUGUCGACGGUUGAUUCCAUUCAUGUCGGAGGAAUCAGUCGAUCAUCUACAGCGCAAGAUCAUUCGACGGUUGUAA